CUCGAUUUUUCAUCUCUCGCACAACCACAAUACAACUUUGCUAGAAUCACAAAUCAGCUAUUUUUUUUCUCGAAUGGACAGAUUCCUGGAGUGCGAUUGGAAUUGGAGGGAUUGAGUUCGAAGACGACGAGAUCAACGGGCUAUCUUCCGGUGAGAUACUCUCUCGCAUCAAUCUCGCUACUCGAUUUCCUUUUUCUGGAUUGAAACAUAUUAGGGGAUGGAAGAGUCAUACUCUGUCUGCAGUCCCAGGAGAAUUCUGAGUGUGUCAAAGAAAAGGAGGGAGGCAACUGUGUCCUUUGCAGAUCCUGAUAUUAAGGCUUCUGGGUUUCAUGGCCCCAAACCUGCCGAGGUCUAUGGCUUUGUGGGUUCUAUCACCACUGUUGUGGCUACAGUUAUUCUGUUGGUUUGGGCAUACGUGCCCGAGUCUUGGCUACAUUGGAUUGGAAUCUUUUACUACCCCAGCAGGUAUUGGGCAUUGGCCGUGCCAGCUUACGCAAUGAUGACAGUGGUUCUGGCCUUGGUAUUUUAUUGUGGCCUCAACUUUAUGUCCACCCCUCCCCCAUCCUCCAUAUAUACAGUAUAUGAUGAGUUUAGUAGGGAUCCUGCAAGCUCUGGCCAAAUGACUGGUGAUGAUCAACCCAUUGAACCCAUAUCUGAUAUCAGUAUUGACAGAAUCAAUCAUGCCAUGUUUAAAUAACACAAAACAGCCUUUGAGCACUGCCGGACUUGUACCCAUCUGAGUUCUUCGAAUGGUAGCUAGUCUCGAAAUUAGUUAAUAGGUUUGACUGAGCAGGAAGAAAUCGUUUGAUAGAUACAAAUGCCAAGUAGCAUGGGGGUACAAAGAGAGCAAGAAGUGUAUUCAGCAAUACAAAGAGGGCAAGAAGCAUUAUCAGCAAAAUUCAGAGAGCUUGAAGCAAAGAGGGAAAGAAAGAAAGAAAGAAAGAAAGAAGAAAGAAAGAAGGAAAGAAGCAUGGCCAAAGAGAGCAACGGGCAUCAUCAGUAUUACGAAGAGAAAUAGCAAGUAUUAUCAGCAAUAAGCUUCUGAACCAGAUUUUGGUUGUAUGUAAUCACCCUUCCAAAAUUAAUGAGGCACGGAAGAGAUGUUGCAUUUUUUGGAGAACCGUAAAGCUCUCGACUUAAGAAAAUGUAGUAUGUAGUUUGUGCUGUGUAAACCCAGAGGCUUGGUGGUUGCCAAGUGUUCUAGUUCUGCUUCUUAGUUGGUGUUUUUAGGCUCCUUGUUUUUGCUAGGUGCAUGUGUUCUUUAUUAUUUAGAACUCGCUGGCGUCCCCUUGCUGGAUUCAAGCUCGUCUUUAUAAAAUUAGAACCCAAGAAAAUAAUGUAUGACAUUAUUAAUUUGAUUGAAAUUAUGACA